GACAUCUUUUGAUCUUGUCGACAAGUUCACUUGAUGGCAACUUUCAGUGACUUUGAAGACCAAGAGACGUACUGGAACACCGCAGUCGCAAUUGUUCAAGAAGCAGGAAAUAGACUUUCUUCGGAAGCGUUUUCACUCAAAAGCAGUCGAGAGUUCUGGGUGAAAACGAACGAAGCAGAUUUGGUGUCAGCUACAGAUAUUUCGAUACAAGAAUAUAUUUUCGGUUGCCUACGUGAAAGCUUUCCGGAACACUCGCUUUUUGGAGAAGAAAACGCUGGUGCAAGUGAAAACUGGAGGCAGCUGUUGGAUCACGGCGUUGUUUGGGUUUUGGAUCCUGUGGAUGGAACAACCAAUUGGAUUCACAAAUUUCCUUUUGUUUGUAUUUCGCUUGCUCUUGUCGUGGAAGGUAUCGUCCAGGUUGCAGUUGUGUACGAUGUUCAUCGAAAGAAACUGUUUCAUGCUUGUCGAGGAAGGGGAGCUUUUUGUGACGAGAAGAACCUAAACGUGUCGACAAUAAAACGUUUGAAAGAGGCACUUGUCAUCACAGAGUUUGGUUAUGUUCGUGAUGAGAACGGUCUAUCCAACAUCUUACAAGUUCUGCACGAGUUGUUGCUUUAUGGUAUACACGGUAUUCGACAGACAGGGUGUGGAGUGUUAGAUUUGUGUCUACUUGCUAGUGGACAAGUGGAUGCUCUGUAUGUAGGAAUUGGUGGUGAAGGUUGGAAGCCUUGGGAUUAUGCUGCAGGCUACUUGAUUGUGAAGGAAGCAGGAGGUACCGUAUACAGUCUAAAUGAUGAAGAAUUCCACUUGUGUUCAACAAGUAUCUAAAAUUUACACAAAAUAAGAAUG